AUGCCAACUUCCUCCCCAUUUCCUAAUUCCUUUCUCAUCUUCUCACACUUCAUCAUCUACUCUUUACUUACCAACUGGUUACGACCUGUUGAGCACCUCGUUACGUCGAAGAACACCACCAACGCCCCCCCCCCCCCCUCCGCGAUCGAUCGUGGACACAUUGCGGCACCUCGAACAUCAAUUUUAGAGCUGCCGUCGCCCAUAACCGGGCACCUUACCACUUACAUCGAGCCCGCUCAGAGCUCCAACCUGCUGAACAACCGCCAACCCCACCCCACCUUGACUAUGGCUUCGGCCUACGAUGAGCUUGAUUUCGAUCCAGUCCCCGACCUAGUCGGGAACCCGAGCUCCAUGCUCCAGUUCCUCGACUUUGGAGACGAGGACAGCGGAGCCGAGAGCUCGCCAAAAACUGUGUCGGACAAUCACACCCCUUCACCGCCUGGCUUUGUGCUCACCUCCCCUCCGUCGUACAACCCCAGCGAGUUCGCGUUCGACUUCGCCGAUGAGAAGAAGGCCAUGGGUGGCCCGGCGUACAUGGAGGACAUCCAGAUCAAGCAAGAGCCUGCCACAGAGAUCGCCCCCGCUCAGGCUCCCGUUCAGCCACCGCAACCGCAAAUGCUUCCGCCGCCACCGCAGGACCAAAGCCCACUUCCUGCCGCUCUUCUUCCCGCCCAGCAGCAAGAGGCGCUCCAGCAACUGCUGGCGUCAUUUAUGAACUACCAGUCCCAAUGGGGUCUAACAGACGGAACGCUCAACCCAUCGCUUCUCGCGUCAACCCCCGGGUCCAUGACCCCGACGUCUGCUUCAUUCACACCAUCGAGUGCAACCACCGCUCCCAUGAGUGCGGCAGUCCCAACACCGGUGGUUCCAACCGUCAACUUCGUGCCGCCUCAGCAGGAGGGCGAUGAGCCGCUCGUUGCAAUUACGCCUGGCGAGAUAGCAUCACCAGCCCCCAGCCGAUCGGACCGCGCUGCCUCCUCAUUCUCCACCGGUGAUGACAUUGACAGCCGCAUCGAGCAGCUCGUCCCGUUAAACUCGAUCUUCAGCGCAGGACGAGGGAAGGGCGGCAAGAAGGGUGGCGGCAUGUCCUCGGUCGUGCGCAAUGACGGCGAGGAGAUUGACGACGACGAGAGCUGGCGACCUUCUCCCGAGGAGUACAAGAAGCUCAGCAGCAAGGAGAAGCGCCAGCUUCGCAACAAGCUCAGUGCGCGCGCCUUCCGCACCCGCCGCAAGGACUACAUCGGGACGCUCGAGUCGCACAUCAAGGACCGCGACACGGUCAUUGACGCCAUUCGGUACGAGCUGAGCACGACGCGCUCGGAGAACCAGGACCUCCGACGUGAGCUGGAUGCUCUCCGAGCUAGCACACUGUCCGUCCUACACUCGCAACAAGACGCACAGCCCAUCACCCCGGCUACAUCCGAGGGCACUCCAGCGCCAGUCGCUGUUCCUGCACCUGUGGUUCAGCCCCCGGCAAUGGUGCGUCGCACUACUACGACGCCGACUGUCAACACGCGCAAGGACCUGGCGCCGUUUGCUACCGGAAACGCAUUCUGGGCUGGCAACGAGAACAUGUUUGGCGGUGGAAACAACACCGUUUGCCACACUACCCUUACUCCCGAGAUCACCCUGCCGCCCCAACCGAACCUCAACCCCAUGCUCAACGGCGGGGUUGAGCGCAGCGCCAAACAUACCUCGCUCCACACUGGCGACCGCGACAUUGAGUCUUCGUCAUUUGCAGACUGGUCGCUCGAGACGCCGUUCUCAUUCAACUCCAUGGAGAGCUACCGCAUGCAGCUCUGGAGCCGCCUUUCGCGCGCGGCCGCAAGCGACAAGGCUGGUAUCCCCCCUACUAUGCGCCCCAAGUUCUUCACCGAGACCAACGCCAAGGCAGCCGAGUCGUCCGCCCUAUCUGCCCUCGCGGUCGCGGCAACGGAGCACGUUGCGAUCAAGCUCUCAUCGUCGUUCUGGUCUGCGCUCUCUGGCUCUUCGGACAAGCUUGACGUUGACAAACUUGCUGCGGUCGUGACGGGCAAGUCGCGUCUGGCUGUCGUCCCCAACGAAAAGAACAAGUCGUUGGAGGACGACCUUGCGCGCGCGAUGGCUGGCCUCAAGGUCCAGACGGGUACCACCUCGCCCGCGGAGUCUCUUCGUACGCGCGAGCACCCUCUCAACGCCGUGGCCGGCCUGUUGUUCAAGCCUGCCAUGUCGGCGCUCGCAUAA